UGGCAGUCUAAUGUUUUUUGGUGUUGGUGGUUUAGUGUUUGCUUCCAUCGAUCAAGUUCCAAGUGAACUCAUCGACAAUGCAAUUGUGCUUGGAUGCUUAUCGUUCUUUGUGGCUGCCCUGUUUCUUGUCGAUAUGAGUGAAAAAAUGGGUAAACGACGGUCAGAUGCGACACAAACCGAUUCGAGUUCUAUUGAUAGACAUAAUAAAAGUCAAUCAAUGACAACGUUGAGCAGUCAAGCACAUCUAAUGGAUUCGGAUGGAAAUGAUGGAAAGAAUCGAGAUUCAAUGAGAUCAGCAAGAGAUGCAUUAAGCAUGCAUUCUUCAAAUCCCUUUAUGAAUAACAAAGAGAAACAAGAGCAUGGUUUCAACUCUCAACCCCAGUCGAUGCAUUAUCCUACAUCAACAUACACAGAAGACGUCGUAGAGUCGCAAAUUCUUCCAACUGCACAAAUGCCAGUCUUCUCAAAGGUUAAACAACCACCUGUUAUAAAUCAUUUUGAGACAGAACCUUACAAGAAAAUUCUAAGUCGACCUUACACACGUUAUCAUGACCCCGCACAACAUCAUCAAGAUCCAUUUUACGAAGAAUUUAAUAAUUAUCGAAGGCAAACUUAUUAUCAAGGCCCGAAGGUUGAUCAAGGCAAAUUUGUGAUUCGUGAUUACUCUCAGCAACAACAAAAUCAAAUGCAAAGCAGUUGUACUUGCCCAGUUCAUCACGAUGAGGAACUUGAAAAUCAAGAACAAGAAGAUUCUGCUAUUAAAUCUGGUUACGUGAGUCAAGUGGCAAGAAUUUGGGAUGAACGUUUAAAAACCAACCAAAGUUCAAUACGAAGUCAUCAGAAAGAUAACAAAGGUAGCACAGUAGUUUAA